AUGGUCAACAUCAUUAAUGAGACCACUCAGGCACUCAGAACACUCACAGUGGAGAGCAAUAAUGAUUGCCUCAUGGUCACUCUUCUCACUGGACUGCUUGAUCAAGACACUCGCGAGAGGUGGGAGACAUCUCUUGCAUCUACAGAUGAAUUUCCGACACUCAGCCAGCUCACCGAAUUUCUGGUCGGUCGUGCUCGCACAUUGGAAACAAUGGAAGCCUCGUCCACGCCUGCUCAACCCAAUGUGCCAAAAGGGGCUACGACUACUCGGACAAGCUCACAUCAGGCAUCUCAACAGCCCCCAGCCAACUCAUCAAGGUCGGUUACUCAUCAGACUUCUCGUCCAGCUCAGUCACGAACGACAUAUCCGUGUGACUGUUGUGGGCAAGAUCACUACAUCGCGAUCUGCCCAAAGAUGCGAGGCUACUCGGUCAACCAACGGGUAAGGUUGAUCAGGGAUAGAAGCUUGUGUUGCAAUUGCCUAGGCAGGCACAAUCUAAGGAGGUGCAACAGCCGACGGCAUUGCAAAUCAUGCAACGACUAUCAUCACACCCUGUUGCAUGGUGCCGACCUCUCAGUCAUCUUCGAACCACCAGGAGAUGAGGCUAAGACCGCUCAAGUGGUCCCAUCUCAGUCAUCUCACAUUGCUGGCCACAGCGACAGCAAUAGUCGUCUCAGCAGCUUCAUCAACUCAAGUUCGUCUGCUCAUCGAACCUGGAUCAGAAAUCUCAUUCAUCUCAGAAAAGCUCACCCAGCAGCUCAAGUUACAACGAAGGCACUCAAGGCUGGACGUUUAUGGUGUCGGUGGAACACGGACUUCUCAAACGAGAGGAAUUGUCACACUAAUCCUUCAAUCAAGACUGUUACCACCAUCCUGCCGGCCAUAAAGACUCAACAGGAACCCGAAUGGCCACACCUGAAGGGUUUAAAUCUCGCUGAUCCAGAGUUUCUCGUUCCAAGGGCAGUAGAGGUUAUAGUUGGAGCAGACUUCUACGGCCAACUCAUCAGGCCUAAUAUCAUUAGGCACUCAGAAAGAACUCCCAUUGCUCAAUUAUCUAUCUUUUGGUGGCUGGUCAUAGGCCCCAUUCAGGCACCGGUCGCACUUGCAAGGACAACUCAUCACGGCAGCUUACAGGUAUCAAACUCGUCCUUGCGAGAGUUGUUGACACGGUUUUGGGUCCAGGAAGAACCUCCAUCAUCGAACAACUCAUCUCUUACUCCUGAGGAGCAGGAGUGUGAGCUCCACUUUAAGACCACUCACUCAAAGGACUCAACAGGGCAUUACAUCGUCAGGAUGCCGCUCAAAUCGCCCCCAACAGUCCUGGGAGAUUCUUAUCAGACAGCUCAUCGAUCGCUUCAACGAAUUCUCAGGCGACUUGGCAGAGACACUCAGUACGACCGAUUGUACACUCAGUUCAUGCGAGAGUAUGAACAAGCUCAGCACAUACUCAAGCUCGAUGACAGCUCAGUUGGUAGAAGGCCACAUUACUAUUUGCCUCAUCGUGGGGUACAUAAGCCAGACAGCUCCACCACGAAGCUCAGGGUUGUUUUCAACGGUUCAAGUGCCAGCUCCACUGGUCACUCGCUCAAUGAUAUCAUGCUCGCUGGUCCUAAUUUGAUGCUCAACAUCUUCGACUUGCUCAUUUGGAUACGUCAACUYAAGUAUCUCUUUGCGACUGACAUCACCAAGAUGUACCGUCAAAUCAAGAUACAUCCAGAUGACCAGGAUCUGCAACGCAUCGUGUGGCUCACUACAGUCACGUAUGGAACCAAGUCAGCACCGUUCCUAGCUGUACGCACGCUCCUUCAGCUUGCUGAAGAUGAAGGCUCUCAGUAUCCUCUUGCUGUCAAACCGAUCACUCACAGGCGUUAUGUUGAUGACAUCUUCGGAGGAUCCGACACAGUGGAACAGCUCGUGGUGACUGCUCAAAAACUCAUACGGCUCUGCCAUGCGGGCGGAUUCCCGCUGGCCAAGUGGCACUCUACUUCUCAGCAACUGUUGAGAGAGGUCUCGUCUGAGCUUGGCGAUAUCUCAGGCAUCUCAUUCGAUGACUGCGAUACCAAAAUCCUUGGUAUUCGAUGGUCACCUCAACAGGACAUGUUCGACUUCUCAACAAUCUCCUCUUCUCCCUCCAAACGAUACUCGAAGCGUCUUGUCCUCUCAGAAGUAGCACAAAUAUUUGAUCCAUUAGGCUUCGCAUCUCCAGUCAUAAUUAAGGCUAAGAUCUUUCUUCAGGCUCUCUGGUUGCAUAAUCUCGACUGGGCCGAACCACUCUCAGAACAGUUCAUCUCACAAUUGCUCAGCAUCAGACAAGAUCUCAUUAGUCUGGCCAGACUCUCCUUCCCACGUUGGUUCAACACGCUCUCUGAUUCAGCUGUUGAACUGCAUGGCUUCUCUGAUGCAUCGCAAUUCGCAAUGGCAGCCGUUGUGUAUCUCGUUGUCAACUCGCCGUCCACUGGCGCCAAGGUCUCUCUUAUUUGUUCAAGGACGAAGGUCUCACCGCUCAAGCGGCUAACCAUCCCGAGGUUAGAACUCUCAGCAGCGCUGCUACUCUCCACGCUCAUGAAUCAUGUUUGCGCUACUCUAAACAUGAUCAUAAAUAAGACAAUUUUGUGGACGGACUCUAAGGUAACUCUCACAUGGAUCAAGGCUCAUCCAUCAAGAUGGAAGGAUUACGUACGCAACCGCGUAAACAAAAUUCAGGAACUCUCAAGGGACGCUCAUUGGAGGUAUGUGUCUGGCACAUCAAACCCAGCUGACUGUGCAUCGCGUGGAAUAACUACAGAUCAGCUGGAAAAGCACUCUCUAUGGUGGACGGGACCACCAUGGCUCACUCAAUCAAUGGCAUCAUGGCCGGCUCAGAUCGAUACAACUCCUGAUGACUCAUGUGCACAAGAAGCUCGUGCUCGUGUCGCACAUCACGCGCUCCAGGCUCUCAGAACUCAUCAUCGCCCAUGCUCACAAGAAAACGAUGCAUGGAGGCACUCAGUCGACUCUGGCACUCAUCAGACAACUCUACUGGAUCAUCGGAGGAAGAGCCCCAGUGAUUUCUCGCGACGCAAGUCAUAUGUUCUCAGGUGUGUGGUGUGUGCUCGUUACAGGGGGAUCCGUGCUCAGCAACUGAUGGGCCAACUACCUCUGGCGCGAGUCACUCCAUCACGCCCGUUCUCUCACACUGGCAUUGACUACGCUGGACCGCUCACGCUCAAAACUUGGAAGGGACGUGGCUCCAAGACUCAUAAGGGUUGGAUCUGUGUAUUUGUCUGUCUAUCAACUUCGGCCGCUCAUCUCGAUGUCGUUUCAGACUACUCAGCCGAGGGCUUCAUUGCAACGUACAGACGCUUCACCUCAAGGCGGGGUGUCCUUCCAGACAUUUACGCUGAUUGUAACACUAACUUCUUGGGCGCUGAAGUUAAGCUCAUGCAAUGUUUCUCAGAAAGCUCUUCAGGACAUCGGGAGAUCUUUUCUGUGCUAGCUCAAGACAAAACACAGUGGCAUUUCAACCAACCUGCAGCCCCCAAUAUGGGUGGGAAAUGGGAAGCAGUAGUUAAGUCUCUGAAGUUUCAUCUCAGAAGAUCAGUUGGCGACACACUGCUCACGUAUGAGGAGAUUUCCACACUCCUAGCUCAAGUUGAAGCCAUUCUCAAUUCCAGACCACUCGAACCGCUCAGCGAGGAUCCAGAAGACAUCUCAGUGCUCACUCCAGGGCACUUUCUCAUCGGAACGGCACUCAAUGCUGUUCCUGAAGGCUCAGUCUUGGACAUCUCAGCAAGUCGGCUCUCCAGAUGGCAGUUUAUCCAGCAACGAGUUCAACACUUCUAG